CGCACUCGUUUUCAGCCAAUUAGAAGCGCGUUAUUUUUUUUCAUGUACAUUAUUAAGGAAAAAAUGAGCAUAUCCCGCAUCGUGAUACUUUGCUGAUUAUAUCUGCUACCUUUUCAGGUUAAAGAGAAAGAGGGACCAACACCACUUUAUAAGUCAAUUUCGGAAGACCAACAUAAAAUUACUGCGCGUAAUAGUGAGCCAGCUACGUUGAGUAACGGUUUUUUAAGGGACUUGACCGAGGAGAAAAUAUCGUAUUUCAAGUUCCAUGGACUUACGGAUAAAGAGAAAGAGGGACGAACAUCACCCCGUAUACUAAGAGAAGGAGAAACUCUUGCCAGUUCAUCGGAAUUGACCCGGGUGUUACCAUCGCAUAUUCAGCCCGGUAGUAUUACACCCGGUUCUACUUUUCGGUUUUGGAGCGCAGUUAGCAACAAAAAUGGUGGUGUUAUGAGGAGGAGUACCAGAGAAAACAAAGUGAUUUGCGAUGGAACUUUUGAGGAGCCUGAUAAUAAUAAGGAUACUCAUAUACAGGCCAGUGAUGUGGAUGAGAAGCCAAUAGAUGAAAGCAAUGCUGUGGUCCUUUUAUUCACGGACACAAACGGGAAGUAUGCAAUGAAAGGAGUUGAACUCGGACAAGAAAUCCAAACCGAAAUACUUUCGUCUUCGCCUCUUGACAUAAACUGUUUGUUUGCGCCUGCCUAUUACUGGGGCUUCACGAUGCUCAAACACGUCAAAACCGGCUACUAUGUGGGAUGCGACUACACUGGAAAAACGACUUUGGUGAGAAAUUUAAAGCCCAACUAUCCUAACCCUGAGAUUCUAUUCAUCGUCAAUGCACUUAACCUGAUUUAAACAGUGGAAGAAUGUUGGGUAUUCUGAUUACUAUUUGACUAUUUUGAUCGGCCUAAGACAAUUUUUCUUAAUUAGACUGGUGUGAAGCAUAAACGCAUAAUCACGUUUUCCGUAGCAAAUAUAUAUAUAUCUGAUAAAUAUUAAUCAAGAGGCAGCAGCUCACGUUCACCUGCUUUGAUAACGUUUUAUCUUUCGUCAAUUUCUCCAUGCCAUACUCGAUUUUGUUAUUGAAAUGAUAUAACCAUUAAGACAUAAGAAUUCCACAUAAGGAGAUCUAGCACUAAAAUAUUAGAUGAGACUACGGUCUA